GUGCAAUGAAUAGAUAAAAGCAUAGAGAUGACGUGGCCGGGAAUACUGCGUGGAAUCCGGGCGGGUAGGAAGGCUUUGGGGACAGGAAAUUGCAACGCGAAGAAAGGCUGAGUGAAAAGCAGCAGCAACAGCAGCAGCGACCGGUAAAGCGGGGUGCAGAACCGUUGUAGUCUACUAGAUGGGCGUGGUUCCGGGCUGCAGGGCAUGACUUAAGGAUGCUGGGCUCGGUCGCGGAGCUGUCAAAAGAGACUUUGCAGUGAGCAGUUUUGAUUCCACUACUGAGGGAUGCUGCCUGGGGCUGCUAUCCUGUCUUCCUGAAAGUUAGUAUCAUGACCUUGACUAAGGGCUCAUUCACUUACUCCAGUGGAGAAGAAUACUGUGGGGAAUGGAAGGAAGGACGUCGACAUGGUAUUGGACAGUUGACUUUUGCUGAUGGCAGCAUUUACACAGGACAUUUUGAAAAUGGUCUCUUCAACGGAUAUGGAGUCCUCAAUUUUGCCGACGGUUCCAGAUAUGAAGGGGAAUUUGUGCAGGGAAAAUUCAACGGUGUUGGAGUCUUCACACGCUAUGACAACAUGAUCUUCGAGGGAGAAUUCAAGGGUGGACGGGUUGAUGGUUUUGGACUUUUGACUUUUCCUGAUGGCUCUCAUGGGAUACCCCGUAAUGAAGGCUUUUUUGAAAACAACAAACUCUUGCGACGGGAAAAGUGCCAGACAGUGGUCCAACGUGCACAGAGUGCCUCCAAGAUGGCACACAGCUUGACAGCAUAAGGGGUAUAAAUUUUACCAUAACACAGGGCUUUCUUAUGACUGGCAGCCUAACCCAGAGGUUGGUAAGAGUGUGGAGUACAAGAUUCACAGAGGCAAAUACCAUCUCUAGGAUGCAAACUUAUUAUAUCUGAAUCCUGCUUGCCUUUAUCAUUUACUUAAGCAGCUUGGCCCCUAUAAUGUGAACUGGUGCCAAAACUCAGCUAUGAAGCCUAUGUCUCCUGUCAGUAUCACAUCCAAGAUCAUAGCAAUUCCUUUGUCAAAAGCAUUCUCCAUUAGACAGAUUGCUAAUCCUAUAACCCCACAACUGAGUUGGGCACAAUGGGUAUCCCAAUUACUGGAGCUCGUUAAUAUAUAAUCCAUCUUUCUUGCCACAAACCUAACACAGCUGGAAUGUUGUCUUUAUAUGAUCAGUUGAGUUGGUUUCCAGUGGUCAAAGGAGGAUUAAAGAACUUGCAUUUAGCUUAAUUUUCUAUCUUCUUAUAUGUCCCUAAACCUCUAGUUGAUUCCUCACUGCUAAGUCUUCCUUUCUCUAUAAAAAUUAAAUGAAUAAAUAUAGAUGAAUAAAUACAAGAAGCAAAGAAUUAACAUAUUGAGUGGCAUUAAGAAUUCUAGACUUUCUGAAUGUGACUUUUAACAAUUUUGCAGAUCAGCAUAAUAAGAAUGUCUGAGUUCUGCUACACUUUAUGCUUUAGGCUCCAGAAUAGAUCCAGGAUCUCUUUCCACUCUUUAUUCUAGCCUUGUGUUUUACACAAUUUGCUAAGGCCGUUUUCACUGUGAGCUUCUUGUGUGACAGACAGCAUUUCACAGUUAUCCCUUCCUUACAUGAGAUGCAGGUCACUUAACUAAGGGCCAUAGUAGGAAGAGAUUCACUAAGCUCCAGAGAUGUUACAUGGUUUUCAUCUACCAUAGUGCCAUAUACAUACAGCUGUAUUGUUUUACAAAUGUUAAAAAUGGAGUAGCGUUACUUUUUAAAGCCUUGCCUCUGCUAGUCAUAGGACAAGGCAAAGUUUUGCAAAUUCCUUCCUACUUCAGAAUUGGAAGUUCUUUGCACACAAAUACUCCUAGUCUCCACCCACACUUCCCUCUUUUGGCUUCUGAAAUUUUACCACACAUUCCAUUAAUGUUUCAAGCCUGACUUUGCUGCCUUAAUGGCUAGACAUUUGCUUUAAAAUAAAAAUGAAUCUCAGGAUGCUGAUCACUAGUCCAAUAUAUUAUAAUAUCAUAGAAUAAUGGCUUGUAUAGCCCUAUAUGUAUCCAAAAUAAGCGACAGCAUCUUUUAUACAAUGCUGUAAAGCUAAAGAAAAAGCUGUUCCCAGAUAAUGCCAUACUAUAUAUCUUUAUAGAACAGUGUUUCUCUACCUUGGCAACUUUACGAUGCGUAGACUUCAACUCCCAGAAGUCGUCAGAAAGGUGCCAAGGUUGAGAAAUACCACUGUAGAAAAUGCAUUAAAUAACACUGGAACUUAGCACAACAGCUUAUAAUAACUUAUAAAUGUGAAGAUUGCAGGGCAUUCUUAAUAUAUAGUACAGAUAGAUGGGGAAUGAUAUGGAACGGACAACUGGUUCCUUGCUAGAGAUGCAGGCUGAAUGAAAAUACCAGGCUGGUAGAAAAGAAGUUAAAUUUUCUAGAGAUGAUAGCAAAUCCCUCAGUGGGGUAACAAUUGAGUUAAAAUGGGUCAAAAAAGAAUAACUUUAUAUCUGUCAACCAUUUUAUGUUUCUGUGCACUAAAAUUAAACAUGGGAUUGUUUAAAACAGGGGGGUGUUCUUAGUCAAGCAUUGACCCACGUAAUGUGUGUUCCUAAGUGCCAUGCUGGAGCCCUUGUAACCAGCCUAUCUCCACACUGAAUGUCUGUGUGUCAAUGCUACCCUCGUGCCUUUGUGUCUUUGCCCAUCUAAGGGCCUUGGCCAAAUAAAGAGUUACUGAAGCUCAACUUUGGUGUAUUAUUUUCCUCUUGUACUGAGACAAGUGGAUUAGCCUUAUUCAAUCAUGCAGAUCCAGAAUGGAUCUUGUGUUUAUUCUGGCCAAAUGUGCAGUAGUGCUAAGCAUCUGA